AUGGCGGACGAAGAGCCAAUUCAAGAAGAAAUCACCAUGCAAGCUAAGGCCGAAUGGGGAAAGUUUGCCAAGGUCGCUGCUUUACUCAAUACCGUCAACGAGUACAUGGCUAUCUAUAAUCAGCUACAAGAAAGUGGCGAACUUGUUAUCGUGGGAUCCUUUGGUGACAAGCAACCCAGGCACGAGAUUCCUUCGUCUUGUACAGAAGAGACUUGGAGCGAGUUGCCGUUGCAAGAAAAAUAUCAAGAGCUCAUUCAAGUAGCUCAACAGACUGAGCUGCAUAUGGAUACACUAGGGCAAUACAUUAGUGAACAAUUUGACGUUGCCUUUUCCAAAGGACCGCUCAAAGGAGAAGCUCGAAUCAUGCAAAAAUGCAACGAAGAUUAUGAUGGAGACAUUCUGCGGGUCAUUGACAUGGCUCGAUGUAGUAUGACCUUUGUUAUGGAAAGUUUAGACCAAGCCAAGAUGAUAAUAGAGUCCUUCAAGGAAGGCACUUUGUCAAAUGACUGGGAGCUGAUUCGUGUCAAGGACGGAUUUGAAAAGCCAGACAACUUUUUGGUGGGAGGAUACCGCGAUAUCAAGGUGAAUGUCAAAUGCAUUGCCACUGGUCACUUGAUCGAAAUGCAGCUUCAUCUACAACCAUACUAUCAACUGAAACACAACGGCGGACACCUGCAUUAUCGGUUUGCCCGGCAACAAAAGGUUCAAGGAAUUACCAAUGCAACUCAGAUCUUGAAUAUGGGAAUACUGCCAGAAAUUGUUCUGGUGGGAAUGGAUGCGCUAGAGAAUGCUAGUGAUGACCGAGAAAGGGUGGAAAUUGUAGAACGAUUGGGGGACUUGAGGUUGCAACAGUGCAAUCGAUUGAACUACGACGAUGGUUCUUUGGAAAAGGCAAAUCUUUCUUCCGAGGCUGUCUACUACUACGACCAAGGACUCAGGACAGUCGAGCGAAUUGAAGAUUUCUUGGAAGAUACGGCGGGUAAAGCUUCCUAUUGUCAGCUGCUGAUUGGAUUGGCCCAAGGACUAUCAGAAUUCGGCUGGGCACUGUACUACGGAGAGCGGUACUAUGAUGACAUGAAGGAGCGAUCCAAGUUACCAGACAUUUUAUUUCCAGAGUUAGGAAUGAACGAUGCUAUUGCCAAGUCCAAAUGCUUACUAGGAGAGCGCCAUCCGGUGACACUGGAAGCCAAGGCAGGAGUCGGAGGUGCCAACUACCUCGAGUUGAUCAAAGAGCAACGCACUGUAUUGGGUUUUGACCAUCCGAUGGUCCUUGAGACAGUGAAUACAAGAUUCAAUGCACAAGAAGAUGUCUGGGACAAGUUUUAUGCAUUCAAUGACCUUGUGGACAUCCUCGAGGUGAAUCUUGAUCGAUUGGGAAUCAAUCACCCAUCCAUUCUUGUACUACUUCAAGCUUUUUGUGUUCAGUUUCAGGUAGAAACGAAAUGUUUCUGGUCUGAUGCACCCGGAAGCCGAGUUCCAGAUCUCUUGAGAAUGCUGAGCAAGCCAAAAUGGGACAACGAGUCUUGUCAUGCGAGUUUGGAAGUGCUUCGCUCGAGCUUGAGGCGGACGGUCGAGUCGGUGGACGCCGACAAGAUUAAAGUCGGAUCGCGGGUAGCUGUUUGGUCUUGGUACUAUCAAGACUACUGGAGCGGCAAAGUUACUGAGGUGAAGGAGGGCGGCGGAGUCUUUUGUGUGGAAUACGACCUACCCGGUAGCCCCGCUUGGGUCAGUCCGCGCAGGCGUCACACGUUGUUGCUUUCGCAUGGAAGCGAGGAUCCAACGCCGUUACCCCAGUCGACAGCGAAUGAAAUGCAAGUUGGUAAGAGAGCUCUUAUCUGGUACGGCAAUGGAUACGAUUCGUUCUUUGCUGCAGUUGUUCAAAGUCGAGAUGAAACAAAGCUUGAUGUUAUGUAUGACACUGGUGAACCCCAAGUCAUUCCACUAGAAUGCUUGGAUGGAAGUCUCCCCUUUUGUGUUACGACUCGCAAUGACGCAGGGAGCGUUGACUCGGUUGAGGUUGGUGACAAUCUCUAUGUCUACUGGAAGUUUCACAAGACAUAUUGGCUUGGAGAGGUGAAAGGUUUGGCUGAUGGAGAGGAAGACAAGGAGACCCCAACCAAGUAUCGGAUGCAGUACUAUUCUGGGGAUCUCCAAAUUUGCGAUUUAAGCGAAAUGCCCUUCUUUCCUGAAGCUCAUCCAACCUUCUCACAUUGA